CAAUAUCUCAUUCUUUUCUUUAGUACACACACAACACAACAACAUCUCAUCUCAUCUCAUUAUUUUUCCUUAGGAAAUUAAUGACUACAAAUAUGCAUUCCUCUCAAGCUCCAUGGUCCACUGGUCUCUGUGACUGCUUUUCCAAUUUCAACACCUGUUGCUUAACUUGUUGGUGCCCUUGUGUUACCUUUGGCCGAGUUGCUGAGAUCAUAGACAAAGGAUCCAUAUCAUGUGCAGCAAGUGGGAGUUUGUACACAUUGAUAUCAUUAGUGACAGGAUUGGGUUGCAUAUAUUCAUGUAUCUAUAGAUCAAGGAUGAGAGACCAAUUGGGUCUCAAAGGAGACUCUUGCCAAGAUUGUUUGACAAAUAGCUUUUGUGGACCCUGUGGUUUGUGUCAAAUGUACACUGAGCUUCAAAACCGUGGUUACAACAUGAAACGUGGAUGGCAAGGAGUUGUGGAGGAGAAUAAUCAACCAAAAACAAAGGGUCCCGUUGCUCCAACUGUGGAAGGAGGCAUGACUCGUUAAAUAUGAAGGAGAUUUCAAUGAUUGCAUCAAAUAUGUUAUUAUCAUAGCUAUAUUUAUUUUUAGUAGUUAAAUCAUUAUUAAAUGGUUGUGAUAAAUUAUGAAAUUAAUUAAAAAUAAUAAAAGAAGAAGUAAUUAUAAUAAGAGUGUCACUUGUAUUUGUGUUUCUAGUAAUAAGAGUGUAUUUAUGUUUUUGUUUAAA